GCCAGUUCCUCCGCUUCCACUCACACAGCCCUGCUCUUCAACGCUCCACUUCCACGUGCAUCAGCGCCUCUCGAGCAGGAACCAUGACCCAGUUAGAGACCGCUAUGGCCAUGUUGAUGAGGGUCUUUGACACAUACGCCGGCGCCGAGGGGAAACCCGACACUCUAACCAAGGCCGAGGCCAAGACGCUGCUGGAGAAGGAGCUGCCCGGACUUCUCAAGGUGGCCAAGAACCAGGAGGAGGUGGACAAGCUGCUGAAGGGUCUGGACUUCAACGGCGACUCCGAGGUGGACUUCAGUGAGUUCGUGGUGAUGGUGGCGGCUCUGACCUGCGCCUGCCACGACCGCUGUGUCAAGAAAUGAGCCUUUCAACUUCUAAACGCAACUGCUUUUAGAACCACUUCAAUAAAGAGAUCUCGUUUCCGUGCA